CAGACCCGUCACAGCACUCGCUCGAGUCCUCGGAAACCUCGGGAAAAGCCAAUACGAAGGAGACUGUCUCAGGCUUGGAGCAGAUCCAGCGUCGAACCGUUAAUCUCGCUUAGGGCAACCGGGACACCGGACUCUGCGGCGUCUCGCUGUUAGGCGAACCAUAGCCACGUGAUCGACGCGGCGCACCAUCGUCCAAAACAUCACGCGAUAACGCACGAGGACCCUGAAAAUUCGGUGACGCGAAGUCAAGGGACGAUUCGUGUUUACAAACAAUCAGUGAAGGGGGUACAACAGUGACACGUGUCAGUGAUCAUAAGACUCUAAAGGACCCCUAGCUUGUGAAUAUCAGUGUUGCGACCUACAUUGUGACACAUUCAUCCGAUAGACAGUUGAAUGUAAUUAAACGAGCGUGCUUCCGUGCUCCUUCGCAAUGAUGACGACAGAGGGCUAGCGUCCAAGUUCAGACUCGAUCUUCCAAUUGUCAUCAGAGAUAUUCACAUCAGCCCUAAACAAGGCGAUUCGAAGAAUCAAAAGAUGAGCGUAGCUCUGGUAACGAUGGACGCUGCAUACGGUCUUCGACUGGGGCUCGGUGGCCACCACCAUCACCAUCACCACCAUCCCCAUCGAGUUCGAUCUCCGGAGAGACACGUGGUGCCUCAUCAAGAUCAACAACAGGAUCGGAAAGACGCGGAGGCGCCUCUACGAUUCAGCGUGGUGAACAUUUUGAGACCAGACUUCGGUAGAGAGGCGAUCCUUAGCACGAAAGCUCCCAAGCAGCCAACUUUGACCAGUGGACACUCGACGAUCCCAAUUCCAAUACCGCGACACAGUCCUCUGUCGUUGCCGCGGGAUCUGAGCCUGUCGUCCAACAGACUGUCGCCCUCGAGACCUCAGGCGUCCAGCUUUUCGGUGCACAGAGAGAGGGACCUGUUUUCGUCCCACUGCGGACUGACCUCGCCUCUGCAGAGGAACAGCGCCCUCAGCAGGAGCGGAAGCCUCGAGAGCUUGGCGAGCAGCAGAAGCUCCGUUACGGGAAGCUCCGUAACAGGAGCGCCGACUUUGGGAUCCACGUCGUCCACCAUCAGCGGCGAUUCUUUGAGCGGAGACAGCAGCUCUGGUAGCACACCCAGCACAGCUUCGAGUACACCGGGUGGACUGAGCGGACAGAGCCCUUUCCCUGCGUGGGUCUACUGCACCAGAUACUCCGAUAGGCCCUCUUCCGGUCCAAGGACACGGAGGGUGAAACGGACCCAGAACCCCAACAAGUCAGCCUCCCCCGAGGAGAAAAGACCGAGGACGGCGUUCAGCGCUGAGCAACUGGCCAGGCUGAAGAGAGAAUUCGCGGAGAAUCGGUACCUAACCGAGAGAAGGAGGCAGCAGCUAUCGCGAGACCUCGGACUGAACGAGGCACAGAUCAAGAUCUGGUUCCAGAACAAGAGGGCGAAAAUUAAGAAGGCCAGCGGCCAGAAGAAUCCCCUGCAGCUGCAGCUGAUGGCCCAAGGCCUGUACGAUCACUCGACGGUGCCCGUGGACGAGGACGGUGAGGAAAUCGUGACUGGGGGCACUCAUCCGCAGUAAAGGCUCAGGCUGUACGCUUUUUCUCGCAUGAGUUUGGUCGAGGCCUUUCAUUUCGAGUCAUAGAGUAUGUGCAUACUUGAUCCAGACCUUGGGGCUUUUCCUGCACUUGGGGUGGUUUAGAGAUAGAAGGAGGUUACCAUCAGUUACCAUCGCAGUAUUUUAGAAGCCAUAGAGGGUGGAGAAUACGAUCAAUUUCGUUUAGCAGUAUCAGAAAUUCUUUGAACUGUGUCCAAGUGACGGUUGAAACAAGGAGGAAGAGGUAUUACUAUUGGGUUGUCCAGAAAGUUCGUGCCAAUUUUUAAUAGGUACUAUUUUGCUCCACAAUCUUUCCACCUUUUAAGGAAUGUACAGAUGUUAUUUGUUUCCAACCAUUCCGAUAUAUUCAGACCUGUACCACCUACCAAAAAUCGACGUGGAUUUUCCAGACAACAAAAUACUUCUUCCUUCUUUAUCAAAUAUAGAAAGUGUACAAUGCUUUGGCUCUACUCUUUAAGUAACAAGACUCGUACUAUCGAGCAAAGUAAAUUGAUCACCCAUUGGUCAUAUAAUUACUCACACUAAUCAGAACACAGCGCUCCUAUUCCUUCAUUAGUAUUUUUGAUACUCGUAGUAACGUUCCAGCGUUUCUGCUCGAAUCUGUUAGCCGACGUCAUUAGUAAGGCUUAUCCAGCAGACCCUGGCUUAGACGCGACGCUAUUAAUCCUUGGAGCACAGUCUCUAGUUACUCGAUAGUUUACUAGUACAUAAUUAGUUUGACCAG